AUGGCCCUGGCUGCGAAAUGGCAAGAAGAGGGAAAAACAGACCUGGCAGAGUUCGUUGCCAACAGAGGUCCUAAAAUUGUGAAUGAGGCUAUGGAAACAGCCAAGGAGCUAAACGAAGCGCAGGAAAGACUGAAAAGAGCAAACAAAACAAGAAUUGAGUUAUUGGAAGAGAGUGCGGCAAGCGCAUGUGUUGAUGGUUGCCAAGGGGAGUGGUUAUCAGCUGCCAAAGAAAUUUUAGUUUUAAAUGGCAUCGGUAUACAAGAUUUUUCAUCUGCUCUUCAUGAUGCUUUAAAACGCGGCAGAGGAAAAUACCGUAACGUAUACAUAUAUGGCCCUGCAAAUUGUGGCAAAACCUUCCUUCUGUCUCCACUCAAAAAGAUCUUCGAAUGCUUCAUGAACCCGGCAUCCGGAACUUUCGCGUGGCUUGGAAUUGAGAACGCAGAG